GCCCAACUUGAAGCUCGCGUCGUCUUCAUGCCAAAGUCGCCGUCAACAAAAUUUCACUUGCAGCUCAGCAAAUAAUUUAUACACAAUUGAAACAAUAAACAAUUAAAGACUUGAGCGGAGAUCGUGGAACGUGGAACAUUGAAUACGGAACGCAGAACGCGGAACGUGGAACGGACGGGGCGGGGGGGAUCGUGGCUCGUGGAUCGCGUGUCGCUGAAAUGUUUUGUGCGGCACAACAAAUUCAAAUUGGUUGCAGCGAAAGUGCGGCAACAACAUUAAUUAGGCAACAGUUGCAGUUGCGACCGUCGGUGGCGGCGUCGGCGGCGGCAGCAGCAGCAGCAGCAGCAGCAGCACCAGCAGUGGGAGCAGUGGGAGCAGUAGGCGUGGCAGUUGUUGGUGCUCGCAGCCAGCAUCAAUGUAGUCAAUUGGACACUUUGAGCGCUCCCAGAUGAACGAAUGGUGGUGAUCCUUCUACUAGCGCCAUGCACAUGCAGCCAAAGCAGCAGCAGCAGCAUCAACACCAACACCACCAACACCACCACCAACACCACCAACAACAACACUCACAGCCACGAUCAGCUCAGCUUGAGCUGCAGCAGCCGCAGUCGAAGCAGCAGCAGCAGCAGCAGCAGCAACAGCAACAGCAAUGGCAAUCAAUCCUCGAACGCAUCCACUGGCAUUACGGCCAUACCGGCGAGCGUUUAUCGCACCACCCAGUUGCACCACUGGCCUAGUCAUAGUCAUAGCCAACCUUCGCCUUCGCCCUUCACACUGCCCCCUGCUGCUGCUGCUGCUGCUGCUGCCGCUGCUGCUAUUGCUGCGAAUGUGGUGCCAAAGCCGCCGCGCAGCUAUAGCCACGCCCACUCGGCGGCACCACUGGUGUUACGCAUCUAUGCGCAGCCAGCAACAGGCCAACCACUGCCAGAGGCUCAGACACCUGCCAGCUACACUACUAACCAUCACAGGAAGCGAGAGAGAGACGGAGAUAGGGAGAGGGCGAGAGGGAGAGAAAGAGAAAGAGAGAGACCGAGCGCUGGUCGGCAUCGCCAGCCGCAUCGCACCACCACCGACAGCGCCGACUAUGUGCGUCACGUGACCCGCGUUAAUUUCUACGACGUUGAUACUUCGCAGGUCGAAUUCGAGCCCAAAGACGACGACGAGAGCAACGAGGCAACUGCUAACAAUUGCGAUACAGAAGCUAUAACCAAAGAAGAGGAAUGGAUAACGAAGCGAAAGACGGAGCUGACGACAACUAGACAGAUCGAGACGCGUGUGAAGCGGCAGGUGAAGCUGCAGGAUGGCAAAGUGAUUGAGGACUCGGGUCCCAUAGUCUCAACAAAUACAACGGAGGAUACGGACAAGCAGGAGACUGAGACCUCGGAGAAACGUGACCUGGGGCUGCCCGAUGAUUUGGAUGGCGAUGCCCAGCUGAUCGAUGCCGCAGCGCUGCAAGCGGGCGCUGCGAACGAGACACAGCUCGCCCAGCUGCAGGAGGCGUUCGGCAUCGAUGGCGGCAAGCUGGUCAAGCGCAUGGUGCCGCGUCCCAGCGACGGCCUGGUGCGCCAAGUGGACGACAAACGGGUCAUAUCGCACGAGGAGAUCAAGGACUACCUGGAGACGGAGGAUGUCAGGCACCUGGGCGACAUCACAGACGAGACCUACGUGAAGGCUGUUCGUGACGGUGUCGAGGAUCUAGAGGCGGUGCUCUGCUCGCCAGAGAGUCAGAAGCAGCUGGUGGCGCUCGGGCCGCAGCUGGUGGCGAAUACGAGCCGAUCGCGCAAGACCAUCGAUUCGGAGGACACGCAGAAGCGCUGCCUGGCCCAGGAGGACGGCACACUGGUCACCGAAAGUAAGCGCACCACCCAGCACGAGCUCAUACUCGACGGCGACGAGGAACCCGAUCAGCUAACGGGCCAGCUGCUGGGCAAUGAGCAGCUGACCACGACGGCGGCGAAUCAGCGGUUCUUCAAGCAGCGGGACGAACAGCAUGUGGAUCUGAUAGCCGACGGUAAACUGGUGGCCACCGAGAUGCGCUACGCGGCGGAGACAACGCAAAUGGAAAAGGAUGGCUCGCUGGAGCGGCCGGGCGACUGGGACAGCCUCUCGGAUCGCAUGCGCAAGCUGCGACGCACACAGCAGCAGCAGCAGCAGAAAGAGGUCGCCCUGCUCGCGGAUCGCAAGGAUGCGCUGACCAAGCGACCCCUCGACUUCGAUCGCGAGGAGGAGACGCGCAAGGGCGAGACCAUGAAAUGGCUCGAGUCGCACUUUGGCAGCGAGUCGACGGCCUCGAAUGACUCGCGCGACGACGAGGCCAACGAGCUGGAUGUGGAGCCCACCAAGAAGAGCUACUUCAACGUGACCAUCAAAUCGCAGAGCCAGCAGCCCAUAGCAGCAGGAGCAGCAGGAGCAGCAGCCGUUAGCAGCAAUCAAACGUUGCCGCGAACUCUAGACAGAGACAGAGAAAGGGAGAGGGAAAGGGAAAGGGAAAGGGAGCGUGAACGUGAACGUGAGCGCGAAAGAGAACGCGAACGCGAACGGGAGCGAGAGCGAGAGCGCAGCACGCUGGAGCGCAAGUAUGUGAAGGACGCUGGACGCGGCAAAUACUAUCAGGGCAUCUCGAACUGGUCGGAGAGGAAGGAGGCGCCCACGUUGAAUCACUUCUCGACGCAGGCCUUUCGCGAGGAUCUGCAGGAGACGAUACGCCGCAAGCAGCUGCAGGUGGCGCCCGACGUGCUGCCGCCGGGCAGCGAUAGCUACGUGAGCCGCGAGGACAUCCUGCAGCAGAAACGUCAGAGUCUGUCCUCGCAGUUUCUGGCCAGAUCGGCGCGUGGAUCGCGCGAUGCGCUCGACGAUCUGGAUGCCAUACCCGGACCGGGACCCAUGCGUCCAGCAGCGCCACCAGUCACUGUGGGCGUGGGCGUGGGCGUGGCCGUGCCACCGGGCAUUGGCAUCGUGCGCAACGAGGAGCCCUCGCUGAAGCGGCCGGCGUAUGGGCAGCUGCAUGGCCAUGGGCGCAGCAGCAGCAAUCCGGUUAGUCAGCUGCCAGCGGUGAAUGGGCGUGGCAAGGGCGUCAGCUCGCAGCUGGAGUUUGGCAUGAGCAGCAGCAGCAGCAAUCUGGGGCGGCCCACAGUGCCGCAGCGACGACGUGCCAUCGAGAAGAAGAUCGUGGAGCAUGGCCAUGCUGCCAGCAGCAUCAACAGCAACAGCCACAUCAGCAACAGCAACAGCCACAUCAGCAACAGAAGCAAUAACAACAACAACAACAACAACAACAAGCUGCUCUCAGCGAACGCCCAAACGCAGCUGGAGCCGCCGCCCGACUACUCGCCGCCGCCGCGCAGCCGCAGCCGCAGCCGCAGCUCGUCGCCCCAGGUGGACUACAUGAUCGGCCGGCCCAGGCAGAUGGCAGCCAGUGUGCCAUUGGAGCCGCCUGCCUCCAGCACAAUGACGCUGAACCGCAAGCAGCAGCAGCGCACGCGCUUUGCGCCCAGCUCCUCCAGCUAUCCGACGGGCAUCAAUGGCCACAGCUCCAUGUCCACCUCGAAUCUGUCCAGCGCCGGUGGCGGUGGCGGCAGCAAGCCCAGCAAGAUGGGUCAGGUCAUUGGCAACUCGCUGCGCAAGCUGGUUAGCAAGAUUCGUUCGGCGAGUGCGGAGCGAAAGUUUCGCAUGAAGAGCGCCGCGAGCAAGUCGCGCGAGCAGUCGCCGAAUCCCAAUCAGACGGCCGCCCAGCAGUUGACCACGUAUCAGCAGUACAAUGUGAUUGACGGGCAUAUUGGCGGCAACAACAACAACAACAGCAACAACAGCAAUGGCAAUGGCAAUGGCAAUGGGCAGCUGCGUCACAGCAGCAACGAGUCGGAGAGCUCGCUGCGUCCGACUCCUGCGAGCUACAAGCGCGCCGAGUCCGCCGAGACGCAAUCGAUGAGUCCGCGCCAGCGCUACUAUCUGGGCGAGGAUCCCUACUCGAGCACGCUGUACGGCAAGGAGAACAUCUACGAGCGGCAUGCGCACGGACGGGCCGCCACACGGCAGCCCCGAUAUACGGAGGACGACUACUAUGACAGCCGAGCAGGAGUCGGUGCAGCAGCAGCAGUAGCAGCAGGAGCAGGAGGUGCUGGCACAGCAACAACAACCACAACCUUGGGUCGCUAUCAGAAGCAUGGACAGCGCUUCAGUGGCUCCACGCCCAAUCUGCUGCAAAUGCAGCCGGACUUUAGGAACGCCCAGACGCUGCCGCGCAAGCUGCACGAGCCGGCGAACGCAUAUCGUCCACAGCCGCGCUACAAUCAGACGCUGGAGAAGAAGCCGCAGUACAUGACGACAGCAGCAGCAACAGCAGCAGCAGCAGCAGCAACAACUCCGCAGCAGCAGCAGCAGCAGUUGGCGUCGCGUCAGCUUGGCCCCGGCUUGGAGCAGGGGCCAGCGAAGCCGGCGCGCACCUAUGCCAAGGUGUUGAAUCGCAGCAAGAGCUUCAAUGUGCACGGCAUGAAUGGCAGCAACGAUCCUAGUCCCAUAUACAUUGAGAAGUUGACACGCAACAACUACAACAACAGCAACAACAACAGCAACGGCAACAGCAACGGCAACAACAGCAAGCAGGAGUUGCAGCUGCAGGCCUACAAAUCGAAUCCGCAUCUCUACCAGGCCAAGGACAAUUCGCUGAAGAGCGGCCUGAAGAGUCCAUCGAUUGUGAAUCUGAUCAGCCGCAGCCAAAAGGAUCUGACCAAGAUAGCCAGCAGCAACGAGGACGAUGCCAUCUAUGCCCUCGAGGACAACAACAACAAGAAGCAGCUCUAUCUGCGCAACCUGCACCAGCAGGCGCCCGAUCUGUACCGUGUGCUGCACGGCGACGAGACCGACUAUGCCGCCACGCGCCACAAGUAUCCGUUGCAGCCGAAGUACUCGCUGGACUCGCGUUCGCCGCCCACGGUCGAGCUCAACAAGGACACGGCGAGCAUUGUGCGACGCAGCAGCGAUGAGCAUAAGCGGCAGCUCUAUGCCGACGAUCAGCAACAGCCACUCACGCACACGCACACACAUGCACAUGCACACGCACACACACACGCACAUCAUAUGCAUGCGGCUCAGCAGCAGCUGCGUCGCGGCUCUGGGGCCACCAUCAUUGAGCUGCGCCAGCGCAAGUGAACAUUAUAUGUCUAUCUCUCUCUUUCAAUCACUCUCUCUCUCUCUUUUUCACUUCCCUCAGCCCCCCUUCCCCCUCUCUCUCCUCUGGCUUUUAGUUUCAUUUGACUAGCGGCAAAUAAAUAUAAAAGGCCCAUACAGAAACUAGCUUUUUUCAAGCUAAAUUUUUCCUCUUGUUAUUUUCCCAU